AUGUUGGGCUGGAUGCUCAAGCGCGGCGAGACUGCUGCAAACGCGCCAGAUGAAGAUAAUACAUUGGCAGAUAUCCCAGAUACUCCUGCACCUGUCUUUGCAGCACGCGCCUUCAAGAGUGCUAUAUUCGGCGCGCAACCUCGCGAGGCACCGCGAUCGCGACAACCCAGAAUCGCUGCGGCACCCGAAGGCUCGCAGACACCACCCGCGAAGCCGCAAGGGAUUCUGCUCACUCCUGGCACCGGGGCGAACCGACAAAAGCGCGUGUCAUUUGGACGAGACGUCAAGAACACGCAGGGCUCCACAGAACCCAAAGCACACGAAACAAAGCGCACGAGGUUGAACGAGGCCUUGGAAAAGGCACGCCAGAAGAAGGUUGCUGCUACGAACAAGAGGACAACAACGGCAGCCGCGUCCGACCCCCCGGCUCCGAGCUCGCAAACCAACGUACCUGACGACGACGAUUGGGAGGAGGAAGGGAACUCGUCUGCCGACGAGGAGAAUCUCUGUCAUCAUGACAUCACAUUGGACUUAAACGAGCCGCACUCUUCAUCGGGCAGAUACUGGAAGGAGGAGUUUGAGAAAUAUCACCAAGAAGCCAAGGCGGAACUGGCCAAGCUUCUUAAGUACAAGCAAUUGGCCAAGUCAUACGCCCAGCAAAAAGAUGCAGAGGCCGUCGAGCUCGCAGAAAAGCUUCGGGAUGAGCAGGCGAAGGUCAUCAGCAUGGAACAGUUGAUCGCGGAGAAUGCAUCGGAAAUUGUCUCGAAACAUACGAAUGCAGAGGAAGCCUCGGCUGAGAUGGUCCAAAAGCUCUCUAAGGAGACGGCCCUUGCCGGUCAGUACAGGGAGCGAGUCCAAGAGCUGGAAGAUCAGCUGGAGGACUUCUUGCAGGACAAGGAGGAUGAUAAUGGUGAAAAGGCUCGGCGACGAAAGCAGGUGGGUCUGUCGCCACGAGCCCAAAAAACGUUGCUGGAAACCCAACGCGAGCUGCAAAAGGCUAGAUUGCAGGCCAAAGAGACCAACAGUCUGCGAGAGCAGGUGUUGUCCUUGAAGGAACAACUCAAGGCUGCAGAAAAACGCGCUUCGAAGGCUGAGACAGAAAGUCGGGACAAAGAGAGUGAAUCGACAAGGACGAAGGACCUGAGAGAUCAGCUCCGUGAGCUCAAAGCCGAGAACAGGGAGAAGGACAGGGAGUUGGCGAAGCUCAAAGCUGAAUUCGAGCAGUAUCGCCAGGACACACAACACCACGAUGACGACUCCAAAGCUGUGUUGGAGCGCGCCCACGCCAAGAUUGCAGAGCUGAAAAAAGAACUCCGCGCAGCGAAAUCUGCGAAUAGCGAUCACGGCAAAGCACAGACAAAGGCACUGACUGAAAAGGACAGCGCGCCCAACCAUGCCGUGGCGUCUGCGACCGAUACGCUGCACACCACGGCUACAAGCCGCCGCAACCAUCGUACUUUGGACAAAAGGCCAACGUCAGGAUCACCGAGGAAAGCAUCGGCAGAGAGCCAACGUACUUUACGCGACCAGUUCCAUGAAGAUGGAGAUGACGUGGCCGAACCCAAGAUGUCAGGCGCUCUGGGUGAACGCCCAGACCUAGAAAGGCCUAAGUGGCAGCCCUUCGUACCCAGGUCACCGCGCAACCGUGGCUACCUUGGCGAAGAUGUUGCGAAGCGCCUGGAACAUGGCGGCGUCACGCCGACGGCUGUGAGGACCUCAAGUAACAUGGAUGCAGAUCUCUCAGCUCUGGCCAAUGCGACCUCUAGAGCAGGUCGAGACACUCGCCAGGACGAGGUCACGGAGACGUUGGACCUGAAGAGCCGUAUGGUGCAGCUUGACCAUCCUGAGCUGCAGAGGCACAAGAGCGCGAAGCUUGACCCAAAGGCAACAGAGGAUGCAGGCAAGAGCAAGCUCCCUCCUGAUCGUCGCGCAGCGGCCAUGGCCAAGAUUGAGCAGAGGCGAGCAGAGAAGCUGAGGGCGCGAGCACGUAUGGGAGGCAAUGACAAGGAAAACGUUGUACCAUCAUGA